UCUCUCUCUCUCUCCCCCCCCCCCCUGUCUAAUCUCCAUAAAAGCUCUCUCCAUCCCUUCCGUUUGCAUCUCAGACCCCGCGGCAAUCUUCAGCACUCAGCAGCAUUCUGUCCGUCUCUCUCUCUGUGCUUUCUCUAGAUUCGAGCCGAAAUGGACGAGGACUUUGCUAUGCCGCCGGCCGACGAAAUGAACGAGGACUUCGACAUGCCGGUCGACAGCCCCAUCCUGAAGGUCGGCGAAGAGAAGGAGAUCGGAAAGGAAGGGCUCAAGAAAAAGCUAGUCAAGGAAGGGGACGGUUGGGACACUCCUGAAAAUGGCGACGAGGUUGAAGUUCAUUACACUGGCACUUUGCUCGAUGGUACUAAGUUCGAUUCUAGUCGCGACAGGGGGACUCCCUUCAAAUUCACCCUGGGCCAAGGGCAAGUGAUCAAGGGAUGGGAUCAGGGUAUCAAAACAAUGAAGAAGGGAGAAAAUGCCAUUUUCACCAUUCCACCAGAGCUUGCCUAUGGUGAAUCUGGUUCACCCCCAACCAUUCCCGCCAAUGCAACUCUCCAGUUUGAUGUGGAAUUGCUAUCAUGGACUAGUGUCAAGGACAUAUGCAAGGAUGGUGGAAUAUUUAAGAAAAUAAUUGCUGAAGGAGAGAAGUGGGAGAAUCCCAAGGAUGCCGAUGAAGUUUGGGUUAAAUUCGAAGCUCAACUUGAAGACGGAACAUUGGUUGCAAAAUCAGAUGGAACAGAGUUCACUGUUCGAGAGGGAUACUUCUGCCCUGCUCUUGCUAAAGCUGUAAAGACAAUGAAGAAAGGAGAGAAGGUUCUUCUAACAGUAAAGCCACAAUAUGGGUUUGGUGAGAAAGGCAAGCCAGCAUCAGGCGAUGAAGCUGCAGUCCCUCCUAAUGCAACCUUGCAAAUCACUGUUGAGUUGGUUUCAUGGAAGACUGUGACUGAAGUGACAGACGACCAGAAGGUUGUCAAGAAGAUCUUGAAAGAGGGAGAGGGAUAUGAACGGCCCAAUGAAGGAGCUAUUGUGAAAUUGAAAUUGGUUGGCAAGUUGCAAGAUGGAACCAUCUUCCUUAGGAAGGGCUAUGAAGAAAAUGAAGAGCUGUUUGAAUUUAAGACAGAUGAAGAGCAAGUCAUUGAGGGACUUGAGAGAGCGGUGAUGACAAUGAAGAAGGGAGAGAUUGCAAUGUUUACUAUUGCGCCAGAGUAUGCCUUUGGUGCAUCUGAGUCACAGCAGGAACUGGCUUUGGUUCCUCCAAAUGCAACUGUUUUAUAUGAAGCUGAGCUCGCCUCCUUUGUCAAGGAUAAGGAAUCCUGGGAUAUGAACACCCAGGAGAAGAUUGAAGCUGCUCUCAAGAAGAAGGAAGAAGGAAAUGCCCUAUUCAAGGCUGGUAAAUAUGCCCGGGCCUCAAAGAGAUAUGAGAAGGCUGCAAAGUUCAUUGAGUAUGAUUCUUCCUUUAGUGACGAGGAGAAGAAGCAGGCCAAAGCACUGAAGGUUACCUGCAAUUUGAACGAUGCAGCAUGUAAGCUUAAGCUGAAGGAUUACAAGCAGGCAGAGAAGCUGUGUACCAAGGUAUUAGAACUUGAUGGUAGAAAUGUCAAGGCACUUUACAGGAGAGCUCAAGCCUAUAUCAACUUGGCCGAUCUGGAUUUGGCAGAGUUUGACAUCAAGAAGGCACUGGAGAUUGAACCCGACAACAGGGAUGUGAAACUGGAACAUAAAAUCUUGAAGGAAAAGAUGAAGGAGUACAACAAAAAAGACGCCAAGUUUUAUGGUAACAUGUUUGCCAAGAUGAGCAACCUGCAAGCAGUUUAGCCUGGGGAGGGCAUGCGAGCAAUAUUGGCAGAGCAGCAUAAACUGAGUCAUCAAAAGGGAGUGGUACAUGAUUAUGAGAACUGCCAUCUUUACAUUUCUUGUACUGAUGUUUUCUCAUCUGUGGUAGUUGUUGCUCUUUGGACAGAUAUAUAAAAUGGCUGCAAUGUAUUUAUCUUUUCUCUCAUCUUUGUUGGGACAUUUUUCUGACAUAAAACUAUACUGCCACCAAUAGAUUGAUAACUGUCAAAAGAGUUUAGUGUUGGGUUCGUCUUUAACAAUAUUUGUCAAUAAAGUGAUGGGUUUAUUUUUGAA